AUGAAACUUUUAAGAGAUUUACUGGUAAAUAGAAAGGAGUUCGAGGAUUGGAAGAACAAUUUAACAUGGGCUCGGGAUGGUACUCUAUACUUGACAACAUUUCCAGACAUUAGUAUUGGGCAACCAAUGUUUACUAGAGACGUUAAUAGCAACAGUAAGAAUCUGUUUCAUGUGAAGGAAUUUCCCCUAGUAUUUGAAAAUAAACUGGAUUUCGAACUGGCACAACAGAACGGGUUGUUGAAUUCACAGCCUGUUUGUUAUCCUAGAGUCUGUAAACCAUCACCAACAGACGAUUGGAUAGCUGUAUUAAACAAUAAUGGUAAUGUUUCAGUGUUCAAGGAUAACAAAAUCCUCGCAAAUCUAGAUUCAAAGGGAAACUUGAGCAGCAGAAUCUACCACUGUUUUGAAUGGAAUCCUAUUAAAUCAUCAAUUGUGGUUGGUAAUGAAGACGGUGAGCUUCAAUUUUUUGGUAUUCGCAAAAAUGUGGAAAACGUCCCAGAAUUUUUCUUUGAAAGUAGUAUUCGGUUAAGUGACGCAGGCUCAAAAGACUGGGUCACUCAUUUAGCAUGGUACGAUGACGUUCUCGUGGCGGCGCUUUCAAAUAAUUCUGUAUUUUCAAUCACAUUUUCUGCUUCCUCCUAUGAGCCCGUUUCUAGAAUAGUACAAGAUGCGUCGAGAAGAAAGAUUACUGAUUUGAAGAUAGUGGAUCAUAAAGUAGUUUUAACUUGUCCCGGAUAUGUGCAUAAGAUAGAUUUGAAAAAUUAUUCAAUAUCCAGCUUGAAAACAGGAUCUCUCGAAAAUUUUUAUAUAGUCCCAUUAAAACAUGAACAGGAGAGUACGGUAUUACUAAUUUCCAAUAAGACUAGCUAUAAAGUUUUCAUAGGAGAAGAACUUCAUGUGUCGGCAGAUAAUAUUAUCGCGCCUUACUUGGAGAAGAAAUUCAAAAAAUGGAGCACAAUUUGGAACGAAUUCAAUAAUUAUGAAACAACUCUUGUCAUACACGGCAUAUCUCUCUCUCCAGACGGCUAUUCAAUAGCCAUAGUGUACGAUAUGGAACGGGUGGCCUUCAAAUAUAAAAUAGCUUCAGAACAAUCGUUUUAUAUCAUGUUCGCCCCAUUAUACCACUCUUGGACAAUUUCUGAACGUGCUGUUGGACUAGCGUGGUAUCAGACACAUCACAUCUACAACAAAUCACUGCCCAGACUGCCAGAAAAUUUCAGUACGAAUAAGAAAUUACUGAACGGUGAUUAUCCUAUUAAUUUAAAUUUCCAAUCGUACCUCAACGCGUUGAUAAAAAGUGAAGAGAUGAGAACCAUAAUGUUCUUGAAUAUGACUACCGAUAAACCGUCGAUCUCAUCAUUUUUGGAAGCAUUAUAUGAAUACGCUAUGAACAAAAAAUCCGAAUUAACGAAUAGCUUUGAUUUAGCUUGCGUCUUAUCAAUAGCGACAAUACUGAACAAAGCUGCCCCAAAUGCCAACGGCAAGCUAAUAAUGAAAAGCAGUCUUCUCGAGGAAACAUUCAAUUUAGAAAGCUUCACCACUGACCGCGAGGCUGUGACGUCCACGGCGAAUAACACGUGGAGAAGGUGUGGUGUCACUCUGCUUCCAAUACUUACAACCCAUGUAAAGAUAUGUCCCGUGAGUAAACAACGGGUAUUGGAUAUAAAGCGAGAUAGUUUGAAUGAUUAUGGUUGGUUUACAAGAGGUCUACUGGAAAGAUUUAAUGAAACAAGCGUGUACUGUGGAACAACAUUGGAAAUGAUAUAA